AUGGCAAUAUUGGAUGCGGAGAAGUUCUUAAAUAGCAUUAGUGGAAUCGGGUAGUAUAGCUCAAAAUUAGGGAGAGGAUAGUUGGUAGAAAAGAUAAGAGAUAUUCAUAAUUUUGAAAGACUUAUAAAAGAAUUGAGAAUUAUUAGUUAAGGAACCUCAAAAGCUAAAGAUGCUUUAGUGACAGGAUUAAUAUAAUUGAAAUAUAUUGUGGCAGUUACAGGAGAUGAUACUGCGGAUUUCUAAAUUAUACAAAAAGCAUAAGUUGGUAUUGGAUUGGGCUUAAGUGGUAAUGAAGUUGUUAAAUAAGCAGCCGAUAUAAUUUUAAAGAAUGAUAAUUUUUCUUCUAUAAUACCUGCUAUUUUAUAUUCGAGGAAUAUUUAUGAAUUUAUUAGGAAAUAUUUUUAGUUGAUACUUUCAUAAAACUAUGUUAUUAUAUUUAUUUUAUUCAUACAUGUGUUUUUCUCAAAUGAAUUUCAUCCGUUUAAUUCAGCCUAGUUUCUUUUUUUGAAUAUUCUAGUAGAUGAUUUCGCAGCAUAUAUAAUGGUAAGAGAAGAGCCGUCUUAAUAAUUACUAAAAGAACCUCCUUUAUCAUAAAAAGAGUAUAUUAUAACAUCUGAAAUGUGGAAAAAUAUAAUUUUUUAAACAUUUUUUUAGAUUAUGACUUUAUGCUUUUUAUUAUUUAUGGAUUUAAAUUAUUACUUAAAUCUAGAUGAUUUUUUUUCUGGGUUUUAUGAUUUAAAUUAGGGUUCUUAUUUGUGGAAUGUUAGGUAUACUAUUUGUUUUAAUUGUCUUGUUUAUCUUUAAUUGUUUAAUAUAUUGUGCAGUACUUGUUUAUAAAAAAAUAUAUAUGAUUUUUAUAAUUUCUUUUGGAAUAAGGCAGUAUUUUUAAUAUAAAUAGGAUUUUUUUUGGUAAUUUAUUUAAUUGUUUUUAGUUAUUUUGGAAAAUAUUUAGGAUGUGUGUAACUUAAAUUUGGAGAUCAUUUAUUUUGUUUAGUUCUUGGGAUUAUUAAUAUAGUAAUUUUUAUAUUUAUAAAUUAAUUUUCUAGUAAUUUUUUUAUUCGUUUUAAUUAUUUAAAAUAUACUUUUAGUUAAAAAUGA